UGUCUGAUUUACCUGAAAUUGACAUUUCUAUCUUUGUAAAUAAUAGCACAAUACCAGUGAGCAGCAGCCCAACUCUCACAUUAAAAGAUUUACUUAGCAAAGUGGAACCAGAAAUUGAUACUUUCCUUAAGGAAUUAGAAGAACAUUUUGUAAAAGACUGUCAUGAAUAUUUUGAAAAGAUUAAACCAGGAAUAGUACGGGGCUAUCUAGAAGAGCAUAGAAAAACUGCUGAGAAACACAUAACUGAUGUGGAACAGCAAUAUUCCAGACAAAGAGAAGCGAUGGAUGCUCAAGUUAGAGAAUGGAGGAAACAAGCUAGAUUUAAUAGGGAAACGGUCAAAUCUCAUUCUGAUUUAAUUGAUAAUCUGGAGAAGCAAAAGGUUCAUCUUAUAUCUCUAGCCAAUCAAUUUGGAAUUUCCUUGUGUCCCAAACAAGAUUAAUAGUAGUGUAACAAGAUUAAUAGUGUGUGUGUGUGUGG